GGUUCAUUGAGGUAGGGUUUGGGUAUGGAAGGGUAGGGGGGUUCUGAAUGUGUGGGGUGUCUGGGUAUGGGAAGUCUGAUGCACAGGAGUUGGGCAGAUGGGGAGCAGCUCCUUCCACAGUGACUCCUCCCCCCCCAGCUGAAGAGUGCUGGGGGCAGGAAGCAGGGGAGGAUGCUGAGCUUUCUGCAGCUGGGGGAGAUUUGUGGGGUUGAGUGACACAGCCCCAGCAACUCCUUGUAGGGGAAGAGGAAGUCAGCAGAAUUCAUGUCCCCCCACAUAUUUCUUUGCUUCCUUGCUGAAAUAUGACUUUCUGACAGGGAAGCUGCAAGGGCAGUAACACAACACUCCCUAGCUGCACAGAUACAUUUUUUUUUUUCAGACGUCCGGAGCAGCUGGUGGAGAGAAAUAAUGUCAACAUGUCUGUGCAAUCAUUGCUUUGUGAGAGAAUCGCUGUUGCUAAAGAAUUAAUGAAGAGAGCAGAAGCCCUUUCCACAUCACAGAAAGGAGGUAUAGAAGGUGGAGCAAAGCUGUGCACUAAAUUGAAGGCUGAGUUGAAAUUCUUGCACAGGGUGGAGGCAGGGAAGGUGGCCAUUAAGGAGUCCCAUCUGCAGAGUACGAAUCUCACACAUCUCCGAGCUGUAAUUGAGUCAGCAGAGAACCUGGAGGAGGUCAUCAGUGUCCUUCAUGUCUUUGCCUAUGAAGACUGCUUUGGAGAAAAGCAAACGCUGAUGGUAGAUGUUGUUGCAAAUGGUGGCCACACUUGGGUGAAAGCAAUUGGUCGAAAGGCUGAAGCUCUUCACAGUAUUUGGCUGGGCCGGGGCCAGUAUGGCGACAAAAGCAUCAUUGAGCAGGCAGAGGACUUCCUGCAAGCGAGCCAUCAGCAACCAGUGCAAUAUAGCAACCCCCAUAUUAUCUUUGCUUUUUAUAAUAGUGUGUCCAGUCCUAUGGCAGAAAGACUGAAAGAGAUGGGCAUAUCCGUGCGGGGAGACGUAGUUGCUGUUAACUCUUUGGCAGAGCACUUGACUGAAGAGAGACACCUAAGUGCCAGUGAAUCUGAUGAAGAGAGCCCUGAGCGCCUGCAGGUGACCAGAGUAGACCGGGACAAUUUAGUAGCCAGCAUUGCUUUUCCUACAGAGAUCAAAGUAGAUGUGUGCAAUAGGGUUAACUUGGACAUCACUACUUUAAUUACGUAUGUCUCUUCCCUUAGCUAUGGUGGCUGCUACUUCAUUUUUAAGGAGAAAGUGUUAACGGAGCAGGCAGCACAGGAAAGGCAGGAGAGAGUCUUGCCUCAGUUGGAGGCUUUCAUGAAGGGCAAGGAGCUGUUUGCUUGUGAAUCCGCAGUCAAAGAUUUUCAGUCAAUCUUAGAAACUCUAGGAGGACCAGGGGAGAAAGAUCGAGCCAUCUCUCUCAUGAAGAGAAUUAAUGUGGUGCCUGACCAGCCAUCUGACCGUGCCUUAAGACUAGUGGCUAGUUCAAAAGUCAAUAGCCGCUCUCUAGCCAUCUUUGGGACAGGAGACACUUUAAGAGCCAUCACGAUGACUGCAAACAGCGGUUUUGUUAGGGCAGCAGCUAACCAAGGGGUUAAGUUUAGCGUGCUUAUCCAUCAGCCAAGGGCACUGACUGAAAGCAAAGAGUCUGUUGCCAUGCCUUUGCCAAAGAACUGCACAGCCGAUAGUGGGCUUUGACUAACCCAUCUAAUUAAUUAGUCAUUAAAAUAACUGUUUAAACCUGCUGCAGUGGAGGCAGUUCAAGAAAUAGAACUCUCAAAACAAUACACUUUGUUUUCUUUUUUGUGUGCCAGAUCCUGACAGGUGUGGUAACUUAUCUUCAAAUGAAAAAUUCAAGAAAAGCAGAAAAUCUGUACAUCAUUCAGAAUAGUAAUGGAUGAAGAAAUAUAAGUUAAAACACGUACAUCCUCUGUAUGUGGAAUUUUUGUUCUCAACUCAAUAGAGUAUACAAUAAUUUAUUCAUGGGGAUAACUGUGUUUCAGUGGAAAAUGUUAACUGUGUUCUACGUUAUUAAAAAGUUCAGUUAGAAACUCAA